CCGCAAAGAGGUAGAUACCUUGACCGCAUCCCUCUAUCCAUCGUAGACUCUUCUUCUCCUUCUCAGUCAGAGUGUUGGCUCCUUCAAGGCCAAAGCGUAUAUCACAUUCCCACCUCAAGAACUCCCGCCGCCUAAGCUACUAGCGCAACAUGCCCAUGCUCUACCAGCCGCUCGCAGGGGGACAAGCUCCCUCGGGCACUCUCGACUAUGCUCCCCUCGAUGGGGCUAUCAAACACCCUUCCCUUACACGCUCCGUCAUACGCUCACUGGUACGCAGAGCUAGUCGGAUAGACCCCACGUCCGAUCAAAUCAGGAUCAUCAUCGUAGCUUGCGUCUACGUUCUAGUCAUCGGAAUUCUUUGGAAUGUACCCUACCUCAAGCUCAUCAUAUACCCCUUUAAGCUCCUGACCGUUGCCUUUCACGAAUUCAGCCAUGCCAUCGUAGGCUUGAUUACUGGAGCCAAGAUUGUAUCUGUCAAGCUCGACCCAAAUGAGGGAGGUGCAACAGUCAUGAAGGGAGGAAUCUCAUGGCUCUCUCUCCCCGCUGGGUAUCUCGGAAGCAGCUUCAUCGGAGCAGCGAUGAUCGCUUGUGCAUUUGACAUCAGAGCUAGCAAGGUCAUGACGAUCAUCAUCGGCGUCGUCUUCCUCUUUACGCUGUGGUGGGCAAGGAGAGACUGGCUCACCUGGCUUCUCCUCCUAGCAGUGGCCGGUCUCAUCGUCGCCUUCUGGUUCAUCGCCGAAGGCGUGGCAUUGCAGUACCUUGUGUUAUUCCUUGGGGUCAUGAGCUGCCUCUACAGCUGCUUCGACAUCCUCGAGGACCUCGUCUUCCGCAAGGUAGAAGAGAGCGAUGCCAGCGCCUUUUCGCGACUGGUUGGCGGCAGUCCACAGGCUUGGGGAGUAUUGUGGUUCCUCAUCUCCGUCAUCUUCUUCGCUGCAGGGCUCAUCAUCGGAAUCGUCGCCUUCAAGACGUCUACUAGUGCUCAGAGGGCGGACAACUUCCUGAAUCCUAGAGACGAAUACGUCGUCUUGAUGCCCAGAUGAACAUAGACGGGCUGAAAGAGUAGUAGAUGAGUUGGCUGGACACAGAGCAGUUCUUGCUUCCGUCACCCUGUAUAUAGAAGACUUGCAUAGCACAGACAAUUUCGCCCUGCCUCCGCUCCUGUAAUACCAUGCCUCAUUGCAGUGACA